AUGGGGCGCGAAUUUUGGGGAUGCGACGAUGCAGGAGCCACCCACAGAAAUCGCCAGGUUUCCGCGAAAGCACGUGAGACCCUCGGGGACCCGCCGGCAGCAAGGGUGGCCAAUCAGGGCGCGGAUGGCUCGUCUAGGGAUGACGCAACUCGUGCUAUUGGCCUGGAGAUCUCAGUUAUACACGAGGACGGACAGGCCAGCAACAUUGCGGCUUGCGUGCCGUCCUCUAUUGAAUACAGCGGAAGAAGCAGUAGGCUCUCCAUCUUGCAGCAGCAAUUCCCUACUUUCAAUCGAGCAAAAAUCUCGUUCCAAUUACUAAUGUCUCUGCUUCUUCAACUUAUCCGCCCGUUUUCUUCUUUCAAGCCGUCCAGUCUCGUCAAAUGGCCAAUGGCACCACAAUCGGGGCAUCACCUUGGUCCGACCGUCUUUGUCGUCAUCGCUCUUCCAGUCGCCGGCUUCCCGCUACCUAGGAUGAACAAAAACUGGAACGACAGGGCAGACAAGGAUCUCUUCUUCACCAUCCUGUGCUUCUUUGCAAUUGAGCCCACAGACGUUGUUUAUCGACGCUGCCCGACUUUUGUCGUCACAACAAUGUCUCUCGAGCCGCAAGUACUUGAUGUGUCCAUUGACCGGAUGGGCAUGUACACAUGGCAGCACUUUCAGGGACUGAGGAGGGCGCAGAACAAGGCCGAGGUGGACGGACCACAAUCCGAGAGUGCUAGACGCGCCGACCCUACCUUGAAUCCCAUCACCAGAAGACCGGGGCCUGGCCGGGGGCGCCCUCGCAAGUCUCAGGCCCAAAACGCAAGCCAGUCGGGUACAGAGGCCGCUGACGCUUCUCCUACUGCUUCUCCCGUUGGCGUCCCUACCACUGGUCCUGCUUCUGUUCCGGCGGUUCUUCCUGGCGGCAUGGUAUCUAGUUCUAUGGCUGGUCACAGCCCAGGCAUGGCCUCUCCUGGUGUAUCUCUCCAACAGCAACAGCAACAGCAGCAGCAACAGCAGCAGCAACUUCAGCAACAGCAGCAGCAACACCAAUUACAACAGCUCCAAUCUCAGCAGCUUCAACCGCAGCAGCUUCAACCUCAACACCAGCAUCAGUUCCAACAGCAGCAGCACCAGUUCCAACAACAGUUGCAGCAGCAUCAGGCACAGCUCCAACCGCAAAUCCAAACACCGCUCAAAACCGAGAUGCCCGAUGCUGACGGGAUAUCUGUCUCGGCUCAGACGCCUAAUGAUCUCACCUCAAAUCACCUCAUCGGGUCGGAACCUGGGUCGGCGACGUCUCAGGACCAGCUCCAGCUAGAUGCUGUGCAGAGCGGUGACGAAGAUGCCGAAGCAGAUGACCAUCCGGCCAAACGCCAAAGGCUCGACCCUCAUGAUCCUCACGACUCUCACGAUUCUCACGAUCCUCACGACCUCGGUCCGGACUCGACACUCGAUGAUGAAGCUGUGUUGGCGCUAGCUGCACACAACGGCGCGGAUGGCACGGAUCCAUAUCCCGCAGACUUCUAUAGGGAAGCUUAGUGACCUUCCUUCGUAUGGAUAUUUCUGCCUUGGGGCAAUGCAUGAUGCGCGUUUAGCGAGUUGGCUUAUUACAAGGUGUCUUUACUGAACAUUUGCAUCAUAUUUCGUAUUUCUGGGGUUUUGGUUGAGCACUUUUCUGCUGCAAGGGAGCUGGAAGUCUGCUUCGCUUUGCUUCUCACUUCCUUUCCUUGACUGGAGGGUGAUACAACAUGUGCUUUUCUGGAGUUGAUUCACAACGGGGUCAUAUAGCUUUAUCGACUUAGACGGAGAAAGGAGGUGGACUGGCGAAUGAUACAGCA